ACUUGCCUUCUCUUUCAGACUUCUCUGCCAGGAUGGGGAGCAAGACCUUGCCUGCCCCAGUACCCAUCCAUCCUUCCCUGCAGCUGACCAAUUACUCCUUUUUGCAAGCCUUCAAUGGCCUCCCAGCAGUGCCUUCGGACCACCUGCCCAACCUCUACGGUUUCAGUGCCCUCCAUGCUGUUCACCUUCACCAAUGGACUUUGGGCUACCCUGCCAUGCAUCUGCCCCGCUCGUCUUUCUCCAAAGUGCCUGGUGUGACCAGCCUAGUGGAUGCCAGAUUCCAGUUGCCUGCCUUCCCGUUGUUCCCACACGUCAUCCAUCCCAAGCACGAAGCCACAAACGUGCCACUCAAAGCCAAGCCUAGAUUUGAUUUUGCAAACCUUGCUGUAGCUGCCACCCAAGAAGAUCAUUCAAAACUGGGACAGAUAGACAACCAAGGUUCUUCUGCAGGCCUGGGCUCAUUGCUUGAAGUGACCAAGCUUUCCCCCGAGAAGAAACCCACCCGUGGGAGGCUACCCUCCAAAACCAAGAAGGAAUUUGUGUGCAAAUUCUGUGGCAGACACUUCACCAAGUCCUACAACCUUUUGAUUCAUGAAAGAACCCAUACAGAUGAGAGGCCAUACACGUGUGACAUUUGCCACAAGGCCUUCAGAAGGCAAGAUCAUCUGAGAGAUCACAGAUAUAUCCACUCAAAAGAAAAACCUUUUAAGUGUCAAGAAUGUGGAAAAGGAUUUUGCCAAUCCAGGACUCUGGCUGUUCACAAGACACUACACACACAAGUAAAGGAACUCCGACCUUCCAAAAUGAAAUGCUAAAGACUUUAAUCCCAACGAACUUCAUCUCUCCACUUCACUCUGCAUUUUAGAUCAAAUUCCUCACAGAGACAAUGGGAAACACUCAACACAAUUAAUUUAAUACUUAAAAAAUACAUCAAGAAAACCCACAACCCGACAUACAGGAAAAACCACAGUCAGUCUUUCCAAAACCUGGGUACUUCCAAGUGUAAAUCCUGCGUGACUUCACUAAACUUUACGUCAAAAGGUGGUGCUCAUGUAUUGGAGAGGAAUUUUUGUCCUCGGUUCAAACACAAACAACAAAUAGCUUUCUACCUCCCCAGUUGAGUUUAUUCUUAUGUGUGUGACUUGUUUAAAAGCGUCUCCUUUGUAAACUUUGGAAAAUAAAAUCUAGAAGGGUAUUAUCCUAACUAAUUCCACAUUUGGGGCACGGCUGAGAUGGCAGGAAAAAUCACUAAUAAAACUGCUUGAAAAGAGGCAACAUUUUGAAGGAGAUUCGUGCUAUAACAGGGGUCCUGCCAUCCUCUUCAGAAAUUAACACUUCUGUCUUUGGUAGACAGGUUUCUGUGUGUGUGUGUGUGUGUGUGUGUGUGUGUGCGUGUGAAUCUCUUCUGCAUGCUCUACUGAGCAUGCUAUCAUUUCUGUUUAUUCGUGGUCUGGUGCCUUAGGAGGUAGUUUGUAAUUUGAAAGAAAAAUUGAAAGGAAAAACCAAGCAAACCAAAUCAAGCAACCAAGGAAAAAACAACCCGAGAGACAAAAGGGAAACUUGAUGAUAAUAAUAAAUCAAAGGGACUGCUGUGCACAGUGUGGCCUUGGUGGUACUUUCAAGUAAGCAUGUGUCCAGAUGAUGGUGAACUGUGUUUUGUAAAAAGGCGGGUGGGAAAGUUUGCUGACAAAUCUCAACAUGAGCAUUUUAUCCAGAAUCAUCUUUAUUUUUUUUCCUAAACAGUGUAAAAAAAAAAAAGACAAGACAUUCCAAUAUGUUUUUGGUUUAAAGUUAUUGCUAUUUGGCACUUUAUGCUGAUUCUUGAUAAUGGACAUUUAUCACUGGAUUUAUUAUUAUUUUUUAAGUAUUAAAAUAAAUUGGUA